AUGGGCAGCAUCCUCCCAUCGCCACCCCCCUGCUCUCACCACUACCCACUGGCCCCGUGCUCAGCACCAAUUGCUCCCUCAUCGGAUUCGCUAGUCUCGUGUGAACUUUCCUUUCCCUGCAGAAUCCCCCUGAAGGGCCGAAGGGUUAGUGACAUCGAGAAGCAUCGACAGCAUCCCGCCCCAUUCCCCCCCUCUUCCCCCCCCCCCCUUCACACCACCCUAUCACCGUCGUACCUGUCCUCGCUUGUUGUUCAGCCCCCUUUCCCUCUCCGCUCCACCCUCUCCUCUCCGCUGCAAUCCGCCCUCUCCUCUCCGCUCCACCCUCUCCUCUCCGCUCCGCCCUCUGCUCUCCGCUCCGCCCUCUCCUCUCCGCGCCGCCCUCUCCUCUCCGCUCCACCCUCUCCUCUCCGCUGCAAUCCGCCCUCUCCUCUCCGCUCCACCCUCUCCUCUCCGCUCCGCCCUCUCCUCUCCGCUCCACCCUCUCCUCUCCGCUCCGUCCUCUCCUCUCCGCUCCGCUCCGCCCUCUCCUCUCCGCUCCGCCCUCUCCUCUCCGCGCCGCCCUCUCCUCUCCGCUCCAAUCCGCCCUCUCCUCUCCGCUCCAAUUCGCCCUCUCCUCUCCGCUCCGCCCUCUCCUCUCCGCUCCGCUCUCUCCUCUCCGCUCCGCUCUCUCCUCUCCGCUCCGCCCUCUCCUCUCCGCUCCGCCCUCUCCUCUCCGCUCCGCCCUCUCCUCUCCGCUCCGCUCUCUCCUCUCCGCUCCGCCCUCUCCUCUCCGCUCCCCUCUCUCCUCUCUGUUCCGCCCUCUCCUCUCCGCUCCGCUCUCUCCUCUCCGCCCUCUCCAAUCCGCUCCGCCCUCUCCUCUCCGCUCCGCCCUCUCCUCUCCGCUCCGCCCUCUCCUCUCCUCUCCAACCUCUCCUCUCUCGAAAAUUGAUUCCAUUGCUGCUUCGGCGCAGCGCCGCGCCAUUGCUUAUAGCAAAAGCCAGUUCGCAGAGUCGUUUCAACGAAUUUAUGCUUCGAGACGUCUCAACGAUUUAA